UCCCCCCGCGCGUGUGCCCGAGUAGUAGCUGCGCGCUCCCUGAAAAUGUUGCGCAGGUUGUAAUGCAAAGAGGAGAGGGAGAAGGAGCAGUGUCCGGGCUGGCUUAUCUGUGUGUGUGGCUACAGCCAGGGACCCUGUGCAUGACAAGCUGACUCAUUGGCACUCAGUGAUUAGGCUGGACACCAUUGUGCAGGGGACAAAUCCGGCAUCUGCAUUGAGACUGCCAUUCAACCACCAGUGGACUGGAGAGCCCUUGGUUUAGGGAAAGUACUUUCGAUUCUGUCAUGGAGCUGUCUGCCAUUGGGGAGCAAGUGUUUGCAGUGGAAAGUAUUCGCAAGAAGAGGAUCCGGAAGGGCAAAGUGGAAUAUCUUGUGAAGUGGAAGGGCUGGCCUCCCAAAUACAGCACGUGGGAGCCAGAGGAACACAUUCUGGAUCCACGUCUUGUGUUGGCUUAUGAGGAAAAGGAAGAAAAAGAAAGAGCUUCAGGGUGCCGAAAACGUGGUCCAAAACCAAAACGUCUUCUUCUACAGAGACUGUACAGCAUGGACCUGCGUAGCGCACACAAAUCUAAGGAAAGGAACCUCUGCUUCUCUCUGUCUAGAAGAUUCAAUCCUGGAUUAGGUGGUAAAACUACACCAACUUCUACAGUGCCAGAGAAAGCCAAAUCCCUGCAAUUCCCACUUAGCAAACAGCGCAAAGGCCGAAAAUUGCUGUGCCUGUCACGGAAAAAGUUCCUGCGGGUUUCCACCUAUGAACCAUUGAGCAGGAGGUCAGACUUCUUUGCAAAGGAAGAAGAAAAGGAAGAGACAGUGGCAAUUCCUGAUUGGCAGGAGGAAAAAUCAACAGAAGAGCAAGGCCUUGAAGAAAAUGGGAGACCAGCAACUCCACCUCUUUGGCUUCCUGCCGUCCCUAGGCCCAGCGAGAUCAUUGUCACCGACAUCACCUCAAAUUCAAUUACAGUGACAUUUCGAGAGGCUCGGGCAGCAGAAGGUUUCUUCCGGGACCGUGGAAGCGACUGUUAGCCUUACCUUUUCAUCCUUGAUCUAUCUAAGUUAUUCCUCUUCUAUCCUCUUCUGAAAUUAUGUUUGAAUGCAGGGAGGAGUAAAUAUGAGAAGAGGGAUGUUGUUUAGAAACCAAUUAAUUUUCCCUCUUAAAGAGGCUGUAUAGGAGAGUGCAGGGCCAUGAUCUUAUGUUACAACAUUUGUGAACUUGUUCUGGCUGCACUUAAAAUUUCCUUGACUUUUUCAGCUUGUCACCCUGUAUUUUAAUACAUUUAGAGAUGUUCUUUACAGAGCACAGAAUUGAGAAGCUUGGAUCCAAAAGUUUGUGCUAGGGAUGCACCAAAUACAGGAUUAGGUUUGUGCACCGGCUAUUCAUAUAUAGCUUGUGGUUUAAGGGUAAACUCAAUAAGAUCUCUUUGUUUACAGUGAAGCCAAGGCUGAUUUAUAUUAUCCCUUCAUAUGGGCUCUGUUACAAUGAGAUAUUGUAGACAUGCUCAUGAACUAUGUCUACCAUGUAUUGUCUAUGUCUACUGUAUUGUCAGGCACUGUAGAUUUAGUGUAAGCCAUGGCAUAUGGCAUUUUGGGUAGACUACAUUUUCUACUCAAUAUUCUGUUCUAUUGAUAGGUGUUCUAGGUGCACUAAUGAUUGCAUCUUGUAAUAUAAACAGGUUAACAUGCACUCACUAAUUACAGGUUUUGUCACUGUAUUUACACAGCUUCCUAUACUAAAAGCACUUAUAUAUUUGCACUCGGACAGUAUCUUAAAAUAUUCACAGGUGUUUUAGCCACGCUUCGUAAGCAUGGUGAGCUGAUACCCUGUUCAGUUUCUUUGUUUACAUUCUGAAACAUGUGUCUUACAAAUGUGUGUCCUGGCAUGGCUAUCUAUCUAUACUAAUUGCUUCUGUCUUAGUGAGCCAUAUAUAUAUAUAUAUAUAUAUAUAUAUAUAUAUAUAUAUAUAUAUAUAUAUAUAUAUAUAUAUAUAUAUAUAUAUAUAUAUAUAUCCUGAUGAUAGGUACUCUUUGCAACAUUUUCCACAAAUCAGUUAUUUUGCAGAAAUGGCAUGUAACAAAUCCUCCCCUAAUUACCCAUGGACAUUUUUAUUUAAGUUACAGGGGUGAUUACUCAAAUGUUUAUGGUCCAGAGUGACUAAACCUGUAUUUAUGCCUGUAUAAAAGAUCCUUAAAUGUAGAACCCCAGAGGGAAAUUUCAGGAGUCAAGAACUGCCAUAUUAGACAACCAUAAAUGCACUCUUGGCUCUUUUACUAGCAUGCAUGAUAAACAACACCGGUUCUUUUAGCCAUAGCAGCCAAUCAGCUGUUAAUUGUGAGUCUAGUCUAUUACAAGAUAGACAAUGAAAGCAUCUGGUUAGUCGCUGUGGGUAAUUGCAAUUGUGUUGUUUAACACUUAUGUUUGUAAUUCAGUCCCUUGUAGGUUUUUUUUUUUUUUUUUUUAGAAACCAUCCAUUAUGAGUGGACGGCAAACAAACACACACAUAUCACACUGGCACCAAAGAAGCACUGCAAAAAUUACACAUUUAUGCGUUGACCUGCAAUUGGAGAUGAAUGACAAAUGAAUGCCUCUAUUUGCAUUGAUUGUUUGCUUUUGAUUAUUUCAUGUACAAAAGAGGCAAACUCUAGUAAAGUGUCUGGCACAUCACUGCACAUCCUGAACCCCUUUCACUUUAUUGGGAAAUAAAAAUAUGCUGAAAUGUGCAAGAUAUGUCACUAAACUCUUUUCCAAAGAAGUAGAAUGAAACCAUGACCAUAGAAUUGGUCAUAAAAAUAUAAUUUUCUGUGAUAUACUCUUUUGAGAUGUUCCCAAAGUCUGUCUAAAGACAGCAAAUGCAGGCUGCAGCUAUACUUUUAAUUGCACUUGCUACACCACACUAUAGAUAAAAUCUAUUUGCUAGUUUUUCUGUGAUUCACUUAAAUCAUGGCAAAAAAACCAAACUUUUUUUCUGCAAUUGUGUUUUCCCCUUCGGAAACUAGGGUUUGUCAUAUAAAUUGGUGUAUCGCCUAUGAUAUGCCAUAAUAAAUGUUUAAUAAACCUGUGGCACAGGUUCCUUUGAUUGAUAUCAAUCUGUGGGAGAGUCUUUAUAAGCAUGUAUGCAAAGCAACACUAUUGUGUGUUCAGUACAGCCACUGCAGGAAAACCUACUACCCUCUAGUAUUUUCAGCCACUGUUCUUCAAAAACCUUUGCAGAGAAAUGAUGGAUCGUAAUAUAAAUAGGAAACCUAAUUUCCUAAUUUUUUUAUGUGCCAGACAGGCACAUACGGCUUUUGCACAUCUCCUCUAGAGCAAAUGACAAAUGUUAUAUGUUUCCUUUCCACAUUUACAUACAUGAUUUACAUAUAUGAUGAUGAGAAGAAAACAUUCUUCUUUCCUGUGCCUGAGGUUAGUAAGCAAGGGCAACAAAUCAUCCCAUGUGCCAGUGCCUAUACUCAUAGGUCAGAACUAGAAGUAUGGCAUAGGAAGAGAUUAGUCAUUCACGGAAAGUUAACACAUUAUAGGUGCCAUUAGACUCACAGUUUGGACAGCUCUUUGGUGAAGUCUUGGAGUAGAACACCUGGGAUAAAGUUUAAGCUAGUUAAGGGAUUGUUAGGUCACUGACCACUGUUUAUAUUUGUUUGUUUGUUCUCGAAAACUGUUAUACUUGUCAUUACAAAGAUUGCUCCCUUUAUGCUCGGUGCAUAAAUGAAACAUUUCAUUCUUUUGUGGUGUAGAUAAAGGUGACAAGUAAGAGAAAGACGAAAUAUACAGUUCAAUGGAUACAAAGGAUCUACCAGUACCAAAAUAUGCAAGAGGUUAACACAGGGUAAAAUGAAAAAUGGUAGAAGAAAAGUGGGUUUACUGACUUAAGCACUUUAUAUUGCACUAGGGAAAGGGGCUAAAUUAUCAUUAGAAAUAUUAUUAUAGAUACUAUUGAUAUAAAACACUGGCGUUUUGAUGAAAUCAACAUGGUAUUAAGCAUAAGGAAAUGGCAUUUUUAUAGAUGUUUUGUAAAACCUUUAUAGGGAUUCUUUUCACUCUUCUCUGGUUUAGAUUAUAUAUUACUUUAGGCAAAAUAAAUGUUGCUCAUGUUUGAAAAGGGAUCAUUUAACCAUUAUAAACUAUUUAAAAUAAUAUAUUGGGCUGACUGAUGUUGUAGCAAUAGAAAAUACCUCUUAUUGGACCGAUAUUUCUACAGUAACCUUCUCUUUUUAAAAAGAAAUGCUCCAGUUAUAUUUUCACAUUAAUGAAAGCUGUUUUCGGAUACUGUUGUUUCUUGGUCCUACAGUACUGUCUUAGGAAAACAUAUUUUCCACCUUUAAAGAGACAGUGUCUGUACUGUUUGUGAGAAUUUAGUUACCCUUCUCAUGCUGCUUUGCAUUACGUUUUACAGAAGCUCAAAAAAAAUAGUUGCUUACAUUGUCCAUUUUUAUUGUCCUGUCUAAAAUGCUGUAGGUAAAUCCCCAUAGCUGCUGAUUUGAGAUUAACUUCACAGUUCACUAAACAACUUUUAAGGGCUGGCUAACUGUUAAGGCUAGACCUUAUCCAACAUUAGAUAGGCCUGGGAAUUCAUAAAACAAAUAAUGAUUAACUCUGGAAGUAGCAUCACAAAAUGUCCAGAACUGAUCCACUUAAACUGAUUCAAGUCAGCCCAGGUAUAAUGUAAAGUAAUGUACCUUUACUGUCCUCAUUCUCCCAUGUACUGUUUAUUACAUAUUGAAGGUUUAAAAAAAAAAAAAAAACUAAACUGGAGUUUCAGUUAGCUGUUGUGUUGUUAAAAUGCUGUCAGUUGAUAUGUAAUAGCUGGCAUAAACCAAACUUAAUAUAAAAUAACACUUUCUGUGAAUACUAGUUGCUAUUAAAUGUUUGUAGGUAUGGUGGGCGUCUUUUCUUGAUGGCUUGGGGAAUCUUGUAUAUCAAUUAAAAUCUGAAUAUAUAUUGAA